CAUGCUCAAGGGGACAACUGGAUAAGAUGUGUUCAGGCAAACAGAACUGUGUUCCACAUUUUCAAUUUCUAGUACUCUCCAAGUCUGUCCGUAUCACAAGAUUGUCCACUUCCGCGCUUUCCUUCAUAGACCGUUCAUUGCAAUACUCGAACCCAAAAUACUCUUGCGACAAUGCUCCGUGACUUUUGGUGCUUUCACCCUGGAAUUUGGAGCUCCGACUCUGAUGAUGUUGCCGACCGGGACCCGGUCGUUCUUGUAUCGGGUAUUGCUGGGUCGAUUCUCAACUCCAAGAAUAAGAAAUUCGGGUGUCAGACCCGGGUAUGGGUUCGGAUCCUUCUAGCUGAUUUGGAGUUCAAAAGAAAGCUCUUCUCCAUCUACAAUGCCAAAACAGGUUACACGGAGGAAUUAGAUGAUAGUAGUGAAAUAGUAGUGCCUCAAGAUGAUUAUGGGCUUUAUGCCAUUGAUAUUUUGGAUCCUUCCACAGUAAGCUUCUUGCUGUUUUUAUUUUCCUGCACCCAUAAUUUCUUCUGUUCUGUUUGCUCUGGCGUUUGCAUGAAUUAUANUGCUUAUAAAGCUUCUGGGGGAAGGAAAGUUAACCUAAUUUCACAUUCGAUGGGUGGAUUGCUGAUUUUAUGUUUUAUCUCUCGUCAUAGUGAUGUAUUCUCCCAAUAUGUAAACAAGUGGAUUACCAUUGCGACUCCCUUUCAAGGGGCACCAGGAUGUAUCAAUGACACUCUACUAACUGGAGUGCAGUUUGUUGAAGGCUUUAAAAGCUAUUUUUUUGUGUCAAGGUGGUCAAUGCAUCAACUGCUUGUGGAGUGUCCAUCGAUUUAUGAGAUGCUGCCGAACAUUGAUUUCAAUUGGAAAAAGAAACCCGAGAUUCUGGUAUGGCGAAAGCAAUCCAAUGAUGAUGGAGAAACGUCUGUUGAACUUGAAUCUUAUGGUCCUGAGGAAAGUGUCUCUCUUUUUGAAGAAGCAUUAAAAAAUAACGAGCUAAGUUACAAUGGAAAAACAAUCCCUCUACCUUUUAACUCGGCAAUUCUUAAAUGGGCUGCUGUUACUCGGCAAAUUCUCAAUAAAACUCAAGUUCCGAAAGGGGUAUCAUUUUACAACAUCUACGGGACAUCUUUUGACACGCCUUUUGAUGUUUGCUAUGGUUCAGAAUCUUCUCCCAUCGAUGAGCUAUCUGCGAUAUGCCACUCCGAUCCUAAAUACUCUUUUGUCGAUGGUGAUGGAACUGUCCCUGCCGAAUCAGCAAAGGCAGAUAAUCUUGAUCCAGUUGAAAGAGUAGGGGUUUGUGCCAGUCACCGGGGACUAUUGAACAACGAUAAAGUAUUUGAGCUAAUCCAGAACUGGUUAGGAGUUUCUCCGAAGGACAAGAAGCAUUUGAAGACCUCUAAGGUGAUGGAUGAACAUUAUAGUCGACCUGUCGAAGCAAAAAACAGUUCCCUGUAUUGAUUAGGUUUUAUAGUAUUCAGUCUUUGUAUUUUGAUUAUGUACUUAGAUAUGUAUGCCAUUUCAGUGCUCAUAUUUGGAAGGUCCAUUUUGUUCUUACAAAUCUGAUGUCCUCAUGAGGACCUUAGAGCUGAAGCCCAUGAUUUAUUUGGUUGAAAAAUAAUAUGGAAGAAAUCACUUCAGUGAGUGAUUCAUUUAUUGAUCCAAAUCAUUCGACA